AUGUGCAUCAACUGGGCACUACCGUUGGCUAUCUCGCCUUGCCCACGCGAUCUCCUCCCGCAUUCUGUACAAGGCGGGUGGUCGUAUGUCAUGUUCAACCAUCAACAGUCUCAACAUUGUGUUUCUUGUCACUUGUCAGCCUCUCUGUUCUGUUGGGGUUAUCCCACACACCCGCCUGCAGUAUACACGGUCUCCUUCGUUUCCUUGUGUCAGAGAUACAAGCGCACUCGUGGCGAGAUUACGUCGAGAUCACUGUGUGGGUACAGUAACUCUUCCGAGUGUGGAUAUUGUCGUGCCAGUUCAAAUGGUCAGCCAGACAAACAACUGGUACUCUCUGUAGGAUGGUCAUAUUAUGCGGUCUCAAGGUCUUUAGAGCCCGCCUUUUAUCAAAAGCUGGUGGAUAGGUUUUGGCGUCGGUCGGGGACGUUGCUCUACCGACCAAACCAGAAGAAUUCAUGUUGUCCGCAUUACACCCUCCGCCUAGACUCGGCCGAGUAUAAGCCUACCAAGGACCAACGACAGGCUCUCAACCGCUUCAACCGCCACAUCCUCGGAGAUACCUAUGCGAGAGACGCGGCGCGGCUGUACCCACGGUCACGCGAGCAAGCGAGGAAGGAAAAAAAUGAUUUUGACCUAGUCAGCAAGGUUCAUGAGUCUGAAGCCAAGUAUCUCAAAGGACCCCCACCGGCGCCAUCCCACGAGUUCUCGGUCACGCUAGAGCCCGAUGCAUUCACCGACGAAAAGUACAAGGUAUUCGAGAACUACCAGCGCAUCGUGCAUCGUGAACCACCACUCAAGAUAUCUCGCGUGGGAUUUAGAAGGUUCUUAUGCGACUCACCUUUGACCCGUGGCGCCAUAGUGGGGGCGGACGGGACUGAACGCAAGUUGGGCAGUUACCAUCAAUGCUAUCGGAUCGACGGCGAGCUUGUCGCCGUGGGUGUUUUGGAUCUCUUACCUAACGCCGUCAGUGCGGUGUACUUCAUGUACCAUGAGUCGAUCCAUUUUCUCAACCCAGGAAAGCUCGGGGCGAUGAGAGAGAUUGCUUUAGCUCGUGAAGCAGGCUAUCGGUGGUGGUAUCCCGGCUACUAUGUCCACACCUGCGCCAAAAUGAGAUACAAGAUUGACUAUCGACCUCAAUAUGUUCUUGAUCCGGAGACUCUGCAAUGGGAUCCACUGGACGAGGAGAUGUUGGCGCUGUAUGACAAGCACCAUUAUGUUUCUUUGUCGAGGGAGAGAAGGCGGCAGCAGCAGUUAAUGAACGGUGACAGUGUUCUUGAUGACGAAGAGGCCAACAACAACGACGAGGACGGGGGGACCCAACAGGAAAACGACGCCCUAAACGUCAAACCCUCCGAGGACGAAGACGACGAAGAGGAAGGUUUCCUCCUCACAAGCGAUAUGCCCGGUAUCCCAUCACUGGCCGAAAUGGAAGAGGUAGACAUGGGUGGUCUCCUACUCAAGUCCGACCAACAUGACCGGUUCAUCGAGGCAUCCGAGCUGGUCAUCUGGGACUCGGAGGAGAUUAGCCAACACGGGAGGCUCAAGUCAAGGAUAGCAGAGCUGGUGGCGGCGAUUGGGCCGGACCUCAUGGGGGAAAUUUGCAUUGAUUUCCGAAAGAAAGCUAACAGACUGAGCUAG